AUGAAUCCUAAUCAAAUUCACAAGCAUAUUCCACCAAAACCAUUGGAUAUAAUCAAAAACUUUGCAUCUCUAUUCAAGAACAAUUCGAACUUUGGGAGUUUUUUGGAACUGUCGAAUCCUUUUGCAAUGCACUCAAAUCUUUCUGGAAAUCUUCCCGGUGAUGAGAGAACUCAAUUUAUGCCUCCUACUCUCAUUUUGAAUCCCCAAACUUCUUUGAAUAUUCAAAUUCCUGCGAAUUCCCAAAAUCCUUUGACUGAGAGUGAUUUUGUGAUUCCUCAUAUCUCUUCGAAUAUACAAAGUCUUCAGGUCCUAAUUGUUCUUUCGAAUGUUUAG